AUGGUCCCGAAUGAAGCCAAACAAUACAAGGGAAUUGUGCGGUUACUUCAGCAUUUCAGAUGGACAUGGAUUGGGCUCGGUGCUGUGGAUGAUGACAAAGGAGACAGGUUCCUACAAACAAUAGUGCCACUGCUUUCCCAGAAUGGCAUCUGUGAUGCCUUCAUAGUGAGAUUACCCAAAUGGGAUUAUGUGGAGGACCUGAUAGACUCAUAUUUAAAGCACUGGGAAAGUUAUAGAAAGGUCACUGAAAGGAAAGCCAGUGUCCUCUUUGUGUAUGGAGAACCUCCAUCUUUUCAGAGUCUGAGAAUGUUGUUGUUUCUUACUCCCUUCUUGUCGCUGCCCCCUCUGGAGAAAGUGUGGGUUGUCACCUCCCACUGGGACUUUGAAUCAGUAUCUGUUCAAAAGAUAUGGGAUAUGGAAACCUUCCAUGGUUCAUUAUCCUUUACUGUUCACUCAAACCAACCAUUAGGUUUCCAAGAGUUCCUUCAGACUGUAAAGCCUUCCUGGGCCAAAGGAGAUGGUUUUAUCCAGGACUUCUGGCAGCAGUCCUUCGGUUGUUAUUUCAAGAUGUCUAAAGGGGAGGAAGGAAGCAAUAACCUCUGUACUGGAGAAGAGAAGCUCGAAACUCUUCCUGGAUCUUUGUUUGAAAUGAGGAUGUUUGGCCACAGCUACAGCGUCUACAGUGCUGUCUAUGCUGUAGCACAUGCUUUGCAUGCUCUGUAUGGAUCCACUUCCAAAUAUAGGAGGUCCAUGGAGAGAAGGAACAUGCCACUUAUGAAUAUUCAGCCAUGGCAGGUCCACCACUUUUUAAAGAAUAUCUUAUUCAAUAACACUGCUGGAGACACUCUGCAUUUUGAUGGGAAUAGAGAAUUAGUUGCAGGGUUUGACAUUACAAACUGGUUGAUGUUUCCCAAUGGCUCAAUAAGGAGAGUAAAAGUUGGAAGGCUGGACCCUAAGGCUCCUCCAGGCAAAGAGUUAACCAUAGACGUUGGUCAAAUCUCAUGGCACCCAAGCUUUAAGCAGGUGGUGCCUGUGUCUGUGUGCAAUGACAACUGCUAUCCUGGUUUCCACAAGAAAAAGAAAGAAGGAGAGAAAUUCUGUUGCUAUGCUUGUACUCCCUGUCCAGGAGGGAUGAUCUCUUACCAAAAGGACAUGGAUUCCUGUGCCCAAUGUCCAGAACAUGAAUAUUCCAGCAGUGAUCAAACUCAUUGCAUUUCCAAGACCAUAAGCUACCUCUCUCAACAAGAAACUUUAGGGAUCAUCUUAUCCAUCUUGGCUGGUUUCUUUUCCUUGAUCACAGCUUUAGUGCUUGCAAUGGUUAUGAAGUAUAAAAACACACCCAUAGUCAAAGCCAACAACAGGAGCCUUACCUACAUCCUCCUCAUCUCCCUUCUUCUUUGCUCCCUUUGUUCUUUGCUCUUUAUUGGACAUCCUACAAAACUGACUUGCCUCCUCCGACAAGUGAUGUUCGGCAUAGUUUUCUCUGUGGCCCUUUCCAGCAUUUUGGCAAAAACCAUCACAGUGGUGCUGGCAUUUAUAGCUACCAAACCAGGAUCCACAAUGAGAAAAUGGAUGGGAAAAAGACUGGCAAAUUCCAUUCUCCUUUCUGGCUCUUUUAUUCAAAUAGCUAUAUGUACCACUUGGCUCUUGAUGUCUCCUCCAUUUCCAGAUGUAAACAUGCACCAGCUAGGUAAAGAGAUCAUACUGGAAUGUAAUGAGGGUUCUACAUCCAUGUUUUAUGGUGUCUUGAGUUAUUUGGGCUUCCUGGCCAGUGUCAGUUUCCUGGUGGCCUUCUUUGCCCGGAAAUUGCCUGACAGCUUCAAUGAGGCCAAAUUCAUCACUUUCAGCAUGCUGGUGUUUUGCAGUGUUUGGGUGUCCUUUGUUCCAACCUACCUGAGCACCAAAGGCAAAUACAUGGUGGCUGUGGAGAUCUUCUCCAUCUUGUCCUCCACUGCUGGCUUACUGGGCUGCAUCUUUUUCCCUAAAUGUUACAUCAUUUUAUUAAGGCCAGAGUUAAACACUAGGGAACAACUCACACGAAGAAAGUAG